UGUGAAGAAGCAAGUGGAUCCAGCUAAGAGGACAAGAUGAGUCAAGGACUUGGCUUCUUACUAGCCCUUCUGUCCUUCCUUUGUUCUGGGACUGUGGGAGCCCAGAACACUGGCCCUACCUGGGUUCCAAGUUCAACUCAACCUGAAGUUCUGCACAUAGCUCCUUGGGAAGAGACUUCAGCAGCCACAUCUUGGGGAGGAGGUGGUGCUGUGUCCAAGCCAUUUUCUAAUUUCACCGGCACCGUGGAUGACCGUGGGAUCUGCCAGUGCUCUGUCUCCCUGCCAGAUACCACCUUUCCCGUGGACAGAGUGGAACGCCUGGAAUACACAGCUCAUGUCCUUUCCGAGAAGUUCAAGACAGAGCUCUCUAAAGUGAAGGAAUAUGCCCAAUUAAUCACUACCUACGAAAAGAGACUUUUCAACUUAACUGUCCGAGUAGAAAUAAUGGAGAAGGACAGCAUUUCUUACACUGAACUGGACUUUGAGCUUAUCAAGAUAGAAGUGAAGGAAAUGACAAAACUGAUCACACGGCUGAAGGAGAGUUUUGUUGGAAGCAAACAAAUUGUUGUCCAGCUAGAAAUGGAGAUAAGGAAUAUGACUCUCCUGAUAGAGAAGCUGGAGACGUUAGACAAAAACAAUGUCCUUGUCAUUCGCCGAGAAAUUUUGGCACUAAAGGAAAGGCUGAAGGAAUGUGAGGCCCAAAACGAACAGGCUUCUCUUGUCCCUCCUGCUCCUGCCCCAGGAACCUGUAAUCACGGAGGUGUGGUGAACAUCAGCAGACCAUCUGUGGUUCAGCUCAACUGGAGAGGGUUUUCUUAUAAGUAUGGUUCCUGGGGUCGGGAUUAUUCUCCUGAACAUCCAAACAAAACACUGUAUUGGGUAGCACCUUUGGAAACAAAUGGAAGGACACUUUCAUCUUACAGACUCUACAACACAUUGGAUAACUUGCUGUUGUAUACACACUUCCAAGAAUCUUCAAUUAACGCUGGCCAAGGUAGUGGUGCUACAGUUUACAAAAACAACAUGUACGUCAAUUGGCACUACACUGGGAACAUUGUCAGAAUUAACUUAACCCCCCACUCAGUGGCUGUGACUCGACAGCUCCCUAAUGCUGCCUAUAACAACCGUUUUUCAUAUGCCAAUGUCGCUUGGCAAGAUAUUGACUUUGCUGUGGAUGAGCAAGGUCUGUGGGUGACUUAUGCAACGGAAGCCAGCACUGGUAACAUAGUGAUUAGUCUCCUCAAUGAUACCUCACUUGAGGUGCUAAACACUUGGGUUACCAAGAUGUACAGGCCAUCUGUUUCUGGCACCUUCAUGGUAUGUGGGGUUCUCUAUGCCACUCGUACUUUGAAUACCAGAAUGGAAGAAAUUUUUUACUACUAUGACACAAACACAGGAAAAGAAGGUAAUCUGGCUAUUCCAAUGCCUAAAAUGCAGGAAGUAGUGCAGAGCAUUAAUUACCACCCCUAUGACCAAAAACUUUAUGUAUAUAAUGAUGGUUACCUUGUGAAUUAUGAUCUUUUCUUCCAAAAGGAACCCAAGUAAAGUGUCUAGCUGUUAGAGUCAAAAAGAAAUAAAAUGUUUGUCAUAAACAGUCUUCUCCUUUUAUUUAGAUAUAUGCAGGAGAAUCUAGAAAUAUUUUUCUUUAAUAAUGAUAUUUAGGUGCAAAGUGUUAUAUCACUGGAUACUUAAGAUAUUCGUCCUGAUUUGAUGAGUCCUCUUGGGAAUCUUCUGCCUCUUGUAGAUGCAUUUCCCAUGGAAAUAAGGUUCUUUCAGAGUACAAUUGUUAGAGGUGAAUGGGCACAGUGGGUUCAAUGGAGCCUCUAGGAAGGCAUGUAAAAAUUAAGGAACUUAAAUUAGGGAACUCUGCAUAGGUCUUGUUGGUUCUUUGUACAAGAAAAUUUGUUCUGUGAACAACCCUUGUUCACUGUAGCCCUUCUUCCAUGCAUAAAAAGAAACUGAGGCUUAAUUAGGCAGAUUAAUAUAGCUGAAGGUACUCAAGUGACCAAAUUUUUAACUUUGUUUUCUCAGUAUCUCUUGGAAUAAUACUUUGAAAAUACCAGAUAAGUAAACUUGGCAUUCUAUAUUAUGUCUGUAAAAUGCUCUGGGUUUUCUAGAGAAAGGAAAUUUUAUGCAUUAAAUUGUAUACUGUCUGUGGGUCUUGGAAGGAUCUUUGGAUGAGGUGCUUGAUUUUUUUCUCCUGUUUUCUCGUUUUCUACCACUUUAAGAGUCAGUAGAAUCUUUUACUUUGUAAUUUAAUUUGAAAGGCACAUUACAUCAUACAGCUAAAAUCAGACUUACCAUUCAAUGCCCCCAACCCCUGUCUAUGGCUGGCAUUUUUUUGGUAAACCAUAACAGUAACAACAAUAGCAAUAAAUAUUAGCCAGUUUUCUAUAGGAUAGUCAUAUGUUAAAAAAUUAGUUUUUGUGUCUCAUCAUGAACUUUUAUGUGAAUGACUCUAGAUUAUAAUAAAAUCAGAUGACAAUGAUAAAAUGAUAGCAUUUAUGGUUAUAGAAUAAAUACUUUGGACAUAUGUGAGAGUUGUGUCUAUUGUUUCAUGCAAUUUUUGUUUUUGUUUAAGCUUGGAAUUUAUAAGAAAGUGAAAAUUUAACUUCUUCCUAGGAAGCAAUGUAAAAAAAUCUACAUAAAGUAUCUGAUAAUCAGUACAUCAGUUGGAAAAUUUUGCAGGUUUAGGUGUUCUGUACUUUUGGAUGGCUCCCCCCCUCCCAAACACACACACUUUUAGCUAUUUUACAUGAUGUUUAAGUCCUAGUAUUAGGAUUGGCUACUUUAAUGCUAUACUUUUUUAUGUAAAUGAUUAAAAUGUCCUUUGGGAAAAAA